AAAAACAAAACAAACAAACAAAAAUAUAUACAUAUUUAAGCACGAGUAUGUACACAACGAUACGCAUAGUACACAAGUGUAUAUAUGUGUGUGUGCAUUGCAAAAGUACGAGAAGACAACAAACCCACCAACGAACGAAGCAACGAACGAACGAAUCGAAUCAGUAAGCAAAUAGCAAACAAGAAAAUUAACAGAAUAAAGAAAAACAGCAAUCGCAGCAGAGAAAACAACAACUAUAGGCAACGAGUGAAAAGAAAAUUGCAGGCAACUUUGACAAAUUCAGUUCAGUUUAUUACGAGACUUCAAAUAGUAGAGAGCUUUUUCGGUGUAAAGCAAGGUUUUAAAAUUUUUUAAUUUAUUAAAGAAAAACGUUUUAGCAAUUUGAUUGUAAAAUAAAAUUACAAAUAAUAACAAACGUUUUAUAUAGUAGAGUGAAAAUAAAAUUGAAAACAUUUUUUAUUGAAAUAUUGUGAGCAAAAAAAGAAGAAAAACAAUUUUAUGUAAAAGAGCAAAAUUAUUGAAGUUGCAUUUUUGUAAAGUCAAUGAACGGACAAAAAUAAGCACUGAAAAAAAGCAACAAAAACUUUUUUUUUACCAAAAACAAAAAAAUAAAGAAUUUGCACGAAUUUAUUGUGCGAAGCAUAAAAAACGGGCCUGCCUCAAUAUUUUCUCUGUGUAUACAAAAACAAACGACAAAAUAAUUUGGUUGCAAUUAUAACCACUAAAUUAACGAUUUGGCGGGUAAAAGUUAAGCAACAACGAAACAGAAUAGAACUGCAACUAAAAUAGUUACAAAUUAAGCACAAAAAGAGGAGAACUAUUAAAUACAAUUAUGGAUGUAUGGGGCGUUUUUGCUGGUGACUCCACCAUGUCCUAUGGCGGUUCGAUACGUAAUACUUAUUACCGAGAUUUUGAACAAUUUCCGUAUGGCACUUUGGAGAAUUGUUCAACUGUACACACUAAGGAUUCCUAUAGCAGAGUACAAGAGAAGUGCAAUCAAAUAAAAUCUGAGAAAGCUCAAAAGAAGGAGUGCCCUUUCUGCAAGGAGCACAAGAAGCGUCCAUUGAUUAAUUAUAUGCGUAAGCGCGAUUCACGUAAGCAUCAUGAAAGCAUUUGCGAAGACGAGGAAGAGCAUGAGCAUGAAGAACCUCAGGAGGUCAAGAAACAGCCACUUCCCCAAUCGCAAUUCGCGCGUGAUGUUAAAGUAAAUAUUUAAAUUCGAAGCGCGUUUCUUCAAUAUGACGAGAAUGUCGAGAACAAAAAAUGCAAACAAUUUAAAAUAAAUAUUAAAAUUUAAUUUAAUUUAAGUAUAAGAACAAACAAACUUUUAUAAGAAGAAAAAGAAACGAAUAUUAAAAAAAAGCAGCUUAACUAACAAUAAAAGACUAACACAAUUAAAGACAAAAAAAUUAAAAUAAAA